UCGAUGCCUGUUAGAUCAAGAAUGGAUUAGUUUCCGGGACAACUUUAGGUCGCUGAUACAUGACAACGCACUGUUGAAUGAAAUGGAUAAGUUUAAUUACCUGCGUACGUCGUUGAGAGAUGAUGCACUUCUACAGAUCAACCAGAUUCAUGUAUCAGCAAUAAACUACGGCCUGGCUUGGAGCAUACUGGAAUCGAAAUACGAGAAUCACAAGCUGAUUGCUCAGGAGCACAUGAAGGCUCUCUUUGCGGCACCUGCUAUGCGGAUGGAAAGUUUUGAAGGGUUGAAUGUACUGUUAACAACUUUCAAAACAAACCUUCAGCAGUUGGAGAAGUUGGGCCAGAAGACAAGCGAUUGGAGUGCAUUGUUGGCAUUCAUGCUUUCGCAGAAGUUGGACGCAGGAACAUAUCGACUUUGGGAAACUCACCAUGCUUCUAAAAACGUGCCUUCCUACGAAGCAAUGGUUGAGUUUUUAGAAAAUCAGUGUUCGAUUUUGCAAUCGACUGCCAAUCGGAGUGGGAAUGACUAUCAACGCAAUUUUAGAGCUCCCAUCAGCCACAGCACCGUUACAGUAGAGAGAUUUUGUCUUGUCUGUGGAAAUGGAUCGCACAAGGUCGAACAUUGCUCGAGAUUCAGCAGGAUGAGAGUGAUUGAUCGGAAAGUUUUGAUUAGAAGAUUGGGACUCUGCUUCAACUGUUUAGAUUCCGAACAUUUGGUAGCAGACUGUUCGGUUAAUUCCUGCCCGAAGUGUGGACUACGUCACCAUCACCUGCUGCAUCCAUAUUCUCCAGACCAUAGAAACCCGUCGGACAAUCGGAAUUUUUCUCAAGCCCCACGUAGACCUAAACGCGCGAACAGUGAGUCAAGAAGCGAGUCCUACUUGCAACUCGAUCAGUCCCAAACUCAACCUUUGCAAAACAACUCCCCACCUAUACAACAGCCACCUCCCACAAACACGCCCAUAGUAAGUCACCACACUACCACUCUAGUUAGCACAGAAACACAACCCCACAAUGCUAUCUUGUCGACAGCCGUUGUCAUGCUUGCCGAUAGCAGCGGUAACACGGUCCUAGCUCGCGCUUUGUUGGAUAAUGGAUCUCAGAUCUGCUUGAUGACUGAGAAAUUAUCACAGAAACUUAAGUUCGAACGCUUUCGAGAAAACCUUCUCGUGAAAGGUGUAGGAGGAUCCACGAAUGUUGCGAAGGAGUCCGUCCUUGCUCGUAUUGUUUCAUGUACAUCUUCAUUUACUAGUGCUGAGAGGAAUUUUUUCGUGCUGCCUCAAAUAACGCUUGAUUUGCCCCAAAGAAACAUCGACGUUAACACCUGGAAACUUCCGUCUUCAAUCAGCCUUGCAGAUCCCGAUUUCAACAAAUCAGGCCCAGUUGAUCUUGUGAUAGGUGUGUCUGCCUUCUACGAAAUGUUAUUGCCGAACCAGAUGAGAAUAAAUGACGACGGCCCAAUCCUACAGAACACUCACCUAGGAUGGAUUGUCGCAGGACAGCUUCCUGAAACGACAGUUUUAUCAUGCAGUACCGUAAUUCCUAGAGAGAGAUUCAUCUGA